UUUUUUUCCUGUAAUUUAUUCGGUUUAUCAGAAUUAAUACCGGGUCAUAAAACGCUUCCGUUCUUAUUUCCGCUUUAUAUUGUGCACUAUAUCUAACUACUGCUGUAGCGGGUUAGCUUAGUUAGCUUUAGAGCUACUUUACCCUGGUUUCUGUUAUUAUUAUUAUUAUUAUUAUUAUUAUUAUUCCUGUCUGUUCUGGUUCUAGAUCACAGACAGUUAAGUUAUAAACAGUUGUAAGUGAGUGUUAUGGCAGAGAGAAGCUCACACAGUGUUUACGACAUCUUCAAGUCCAUGGAGUUUGGACCUUCUGCUGUGAGUCCAGCUGUUACUGCUGAGUCGUGGUUGGAGCAGCACUCUCGUUCUCUCGGCCUGUUUAUCGACGGGAAGUUUGUGCGCUCGGACAACAGACAAGCGUUCACGGUCUCUGAUGCGAAAGGUGAGAAUUUGUGCAGUGUUGUGUGUGCUGAUGAUGAAGAUAUUUUAAGCUGCACCUCUUCAGCUGCUGCAGGAUUUCAAGUAUGGAAGGAGCUGAGUGACAAUCACAGAGCCAAAGUCCUGCUCAGGUUAGCGCGCUCACUGCAGAGAUACAGUCAGUGUGUGUGUGAAGUGUGUGAUCUGGGUCAGACUGCAGGCUCUGCUCCAGCACUCAUCCGACUGGCUCAGUAUUACGCUGGCUGGGCUCAGCUCUGUCACACACUUCUGCCCGAAUGGAGCCCACGAGGUGUGAUUGCAGUGAUGUCAGAUGAUGUAUUGUUCUACUCCUUGUGGCUGAAGGUCCUUCCAGCUCUUGCUGUGGGUAAUUCUGUCAUUGUGGUUCCGGGAGUAAAAAUGGCUCCUCCCACCCUCCUAUUGGCCCAGCUCUUCAAGGAGGCAGGACUUCCUGCUGGGGUGUUGAAUGUGGUGACAGGUAACGGCUCAGUUAGAGUUAAAGUGGCUCAGAACAAAGAGAUCAACUACGUAACCUACAGUGGAAACAAACAGGAUGGAGAGCUGUUGGUGAAAGAGAUGGCUGGGCGUGGCGUCCCUGUCUCUCUGUCCCUGUCGGUCUGCUCUGUGUGUCCAUACAUUAUCUUUGAGACCGCAGACAUGGACAGUGCUGUGGAAGGACUGAUGGAUGCAGCUUUCAAAAACCAUGCUGAGUGGAGGUGGUUGGUGUGUGUGCAGGAGUCGGUGUAUGAUGCUGUGGUCGAGAAACUGAAGUACAGAAUGGUUGGAAUGAACUGUGUGAGUGUGAGUGAGUGUGACAUGGGCAGAAUGGAUGCUGCAGUGCAUGUGGCAGAACAGCAGGGGGCGAUGUUGAUCCAGUCUCGUCCUCCACCUUGCUCUGGAUGUUUGUAUCCCCCCACAGUGGUAUGUAAUGUGGCUCCCUCCUGCUCCUUGGUGGUGUCUCCUCCACCUGGCCCUAUUGUGCCCCUGCUGUCCUUCAGAAGUGCCCCAGAGGCAGUAGCUUUGGGAAACUGCAGACCUCAUGCUCGAGCUGCUUCCAUUUGGACUGAAGACCUCACGCUGGCUUUGGAGACUGCAAAGAGUUUGUGUGUGGGUUCUGUGUGUGUGAACACACACUCGGUUACAGAUCCUUCACUCCCACAGUCCACAUGGAGAGAAAGUGGGAACUGCACUGACGGAGGGCGAGAGGGUCUGUAUCAGUUCCUGAGUGCGUCUGUGGCUCUGCCUCGCUCCGAACCCAUCGCUCUGGACUACGCCAGUUUCGGUGGAGCAAAAUCCCAGUUUCUGGUGCCGGACGGUUCUGAUCCAUCCAGUGUCUCUCGAUCCUGCUCCCACUUUAUAGGGGGGAAGGUGUGUAAAGCUGAUUCAGGCUACAGUAGGCCAGUUCAGGUUUCAGAGGGCACCAUUUUGGCUUACUGUCCUGAUGGUGGAAGGAAAGAUGUCCGUAACGCAGUUGAAGCUGCCCUGAAGGUCCAGCCGGGGUGGAUGAAGAAAAGUCCAGCGACUCGAGCUCUCGCCCUCUACUCCCUCGCUGACAGUCUGGAAAAAAGAAGGCAGGAAAUGUCUGCUUCAAUCCACAAACAGACCGGUCUCUCUAUGGACGAGGCAGCUCAGGAGGUGGAGCUUAGCAUCUCCAGGCUUUCUGAUUGGGCUGCACGGUGUGAUAAGCAAAAUGGGCACGUGCCACUCCUUCCUCACACUGGCUCCGCCCUCUCAGCACCAAUGGCUAUAGGAGUUGUGGGCGUGGUCCUGCCUGACACUAAGCCUCUUCUCUCUAUGGUGUCUGUUCUGGGGGCAACGGUUUCCAUGGGCAACGCCAUCAUCAUGGUGCCAAGUGAGAGGUUUCCUCUUCCAGCUCUCGAUUUCAUUCCGAUUCUCCAGGCUUCUGAUGUUCCUGCAGCUCUGGUCAGUGUCAUCAGUGGUGGAAGGGAUCAGCUGACUCAGGCUUUGGCCAAUCACAAUGAAGUCCAGGCCAUAUGGUACUGGGGCAGUGCAGAGGGCCGUCAGUUUCUGCAGCACUGCUGUCCUCUGAAGCGCCUGUGGCUGCACUGUGAGGAGGAGGAGGAUGAAGAAGGAAGGAAAUUCUGGACUAAGCCAAGUUUCUCAAUGCAGGAGGAGAUGUGGAGAGAGUGUGUGGUGUGGAAGAGUGUGUGGAUCCCCACUGCUUAGUCACACACACACACACACACACACACACACACACACACACACACACACACACACACACACACACACACACACACAGAGAGAGAAAUGAGAGGUGUGUGUUUAAUAGGUGUGUGUCCGUUAAUGACUCUUGAGAGUUAAGAAUUAUAAAUAAACCAUGGUUAAAUAUAUUGUAGUAAAUAAAAGUGAUUUCUGUUCCAUAACUCAGAGAAACAAAUUCUGCUUUUUAAAAAAUAAAAUAAAACAGUGAAACUUUA